GCUCCGUACACAGGGCUGCAUUGUCCUGAAGAUGCUAUCGUGCCCAGUAGCAGGGCCUGCGCCUUUGACAACCCGCCAGUUGUUCCAUUCUACUGGGAGCCGACAUGCGUGGAUGGUAUGUUGGGAUGCUUCGCUGACGGACACAACCUGGGUUGCAGGUACUGCGGACACGGGCAAUAUGAAAAUGUGACUUGCCCCACCUCUGUGUGCAACUUUGUCAACGAACCCGUCACUCCCUACUACUGGGACACGUUGUGUCAGAUGGGCAUGCUCGGAUGCAAUGCCGACGGCAUCCAUGUUCAAUGCCGCUUUUGUGACUUCCAGCCAUUCAACGGGAUCCAGUGCCCUGAGUCAGCCCGACCAACAUAUGAAGAUGGCGAGUGCUGGUUCCCAAUGGGUACGGCACAGACUCACAAGUGGAACCCGCGGUGCCAAUGGGGUAUUCUGGGUUGCUGGGCAGAUGGCGUGCAUCGUCAAUGCCAAUAUUGUGGUCCUGGUUCUAACG